AAAACCCCCGAAAUUUGUUUCUGUCGGGAGAACUGCUUCUGAGUUGUUCGUCGAGAUUAGAGCAAAGUCGCUUGUUGCGCUGCUGCGAGCGAGACAUGUGGUGGCGCUGGCACCAAACCCUUGGGCCGGGCAGAGUACUGCUAAGAUCGCCUUGUCGUAAACCGCCAUGGCUUCCUUCUUCCUUCUCUUACUCUGAUGUCCCCAAAAAGAAGGGAAAGUUGGCACCUUUGCAGGAACGGAGGAUGGUUGAUAGGUUUAGGUUAUGGACCAAGGGAGGCGAAGGUGGAAAUGGGUGUUGCAGCUAUAGACGCAGCAGGACUGACCGUUAUGGCAGACCUGAUGGUGGAAAUGGUGGAAGAGGUGGUGAUGUCAUCCUUGAAUGCUCUUCAGCUGUUUGGGACUUCAGCAAUUUGCAGCAUCACUUGAAUGCACAAAGAGGAGGGAAUGGAACUUCAAAGAGUAAAGCAGGGAGCCGUGGGUCUGACAAGGUUGCUCAAGUACCAGUUGGCACUGUAAUACACCUAGUUAGUGGUGAAACUUCUUAUGCUGAAAACUCUUCUAUCACAUCCUUAGACCCUUGGGAAAUACCAGGAGCUGUUGACACUGAUACAGCUAAUUCUGUUCAGCAAAAAAGUGUUAAGGUCAAUGCAUCUUGUUCAGCACUAAUGAAAGAUUUGCAUACGUCACCUUUGUACUCCGAAGAUGAUGUUAAUAAAUCACAGCAUGAUGUCAAAAUAAGUUUUGGUUCUCCUGCCUCCACUGAGGUAGAGUGGGACAAAGACACCGAAGAUGAUGAACCAUGUUGCAAAACUACCUACGAGGAAAUUAAAGAUGAUCAAACUGAUGAUGCAAAUGAAAUCAGAGUAGAGGAAGAUGAGGAGGUGAUGAAGGAGGAAGAAGAAGAGGAGGUGGUGCGAUAUUCAGUUGCAGAAUUAACUCAACCUGGGCAAAGAAUAAUAGUUGCACGAGGAGGAGAGGGUGGCCUUGGUAAUGCUACUUCAAAAAAGGAUUCUCGCAAAAGUGUCAGUUACUGCAAUGGUGCUUCAAGUCCAGAAACUUUGGAUGGUGAAUAUCAAACUUCAUUGGCUGCUGGAAGACCUGGCUCUGAAAGUGUUCUUAUACUGGAACUGAAGAGUAUUGCAGAUGUUGGCCUUAUUGGAAUGCCUAAUGCUGGUAAAAGCACAUUGCUAGGGGCCCUAUCAAUGGCUAGGCCAACUGUGGGUCAUUAUGCUUUUACCACUCUAAGGCCCAACAUAGGAAAUCUAAAUUACGAGGACUUCUUCUCUGUCAAGGUUGCUGACAUCCCUGGUCUUAUAAAAGGAGCACAUGCAAAUCGUGGGCUUGGCCAUGCUUUCUUGAGGCACAUAGAGCGCACAAGGGUUUUGGCAUAUGUCGUUGAUUUAGCAGCAGCAUUGGAUGGGAGGAAGGGUAUUCCGCCAUGGGAGCAACUGAGGGAUUUGGCUUUGGAGCUUGAACAUCACCGGGAAGGUUUGUCAAAUCGACCGUCCUUAAUAGUGGCCAACAAAAUUGAUGAAGAGGGUGCAGAACAUGUGUUCCAAGAACUAGAGAGAAGGGUCCAAGACGUCCCUAUAUUUCCUGUAUGUUCUGUCUUGCAAGAGGGAGUACCUGAACUAAAAGCUGGAAUCAGAAGGCUUAUAGAUGGCAGUGAGUUGCACAGACUUUGUGUCGAUAACAUAUUGACUGACUAGCCCAAGAGUUUUUUCAUAGUGAUGUAUCCACCAGCUGCUUCAUUCAGAGGUCACUGCACAUCUUUUGUCAGGUGUCCCCAAUAAGUAGAAGAAAGACUUUCCAAAAUGCAGCUACGUGCUUGUUUAUCUCAAUUUUCUUUGAAUCUUGCAAGGAUGCAGAGCUUGUUAAAUGUAUUCUGUGUCAAUUGGAUGGUGGUCAACUUUGUUGAAGAUUGUGUCUAUCAAUAUUGUUUCUUACUAAAAGUGGGUAAGAGUGUUUCUUGAUUACAUCAUUAUUAUAA